AUGAGUUCGAAACCGAAAAGAGCUAGACGAUUUUGGAAGAGAAAACAUUAUCGGAAGAGGAAGAACGGGCCCGAAGAGAACUCAAGCAAUCGCGAGCAUAGCCUGGAGAAGUCUAAGCGUGAAAUCCACUUGGAAAUUUCGUGCAUCGAGGUGUCUAGUAGGCUGUACUGGGACUACAAAGCUAGAUUUCUACUGUCCGGUAUUCCGGCGUGUUUAACAGAGACUCUGUGUAAACACCAAUUGAACGGAGCUGAUCGGACCGUCAAACAAAUACCAGAGAGAGUCGAAAGCUCUUUCAAAGUCGAGUAUAAUACAAAUGCGUGGUACGAGGCAUUAGAAAUGGUCCAAAUGUCCAUAACCCCACACCAAUACAUAUCCCCAGACGUGUUGCAAGCGAUUGUUGAAAUUAUGUUAAACACCCAAGAAAAUGUGUGUGAAGAUUAUUCGGGCAUUCAUAUAGUAAGCAUAUGCCAACAAGUGCUGGCGAAAAAUUUCAGUUAUCACCCUCCAUGUCAGGAUAAAAACCUAAGAGAGUGUUACAUUAAAUUUCUCACAUCACCAAUGAGCCUGAGAGACCAGGAGUACACAAAUAAAAUACAAUACGAAUACCAGAAAGGCGUCGUGAAAUACUGCCUGAACCGGCUGGAACACGAGAUGAGCAUGCAUAGUGUAGAUGGGCCCUUAAUGAAUAAGGACCAGAAACCACCGAAAAAUGCGAAGAAUCCCGCGGCGGGCGCACAAUGGCAAGCUAAAUGUGACAACUUCGAAUUUUUAAAUCGGCCAGAAAGGAUAAAGAGAUUGAUAGCUGUCCUUGAAAGUAUCAUUGAAUUAUUGCAAACCGAUUUGGCCAUUUGCCAUUCAAAGUAUACUUACAAUUUAGGAACACACAUUUUAAAAUCUGAGAAACCUCUAAUGACGUUCAUCCUGUGGCCGGGAAACAUUCGCUACUGUGGAACUGUCAAUAAAAAUUGCACACAAAUAAUGAGAAUAUUUGUGUACUUGUGCCAUUUGGAGUACCCGUCUUACAUGUUGGACGUCGUCGCGAACUGGCUGAACACCAUGGUCCAAACGUUCUAUUUGUGUGAAAGCAACGCAACAAGUGACUACCCACACAUCGAUAAGUUUUGUAACCACCUGGCUAGCGAGUUCUACAAGAUUAUCACCAAAGUAUCCGUCGAAUCUAUCGACAGAGUAUUGGUCAGGAUUCAGCCUCCGUUUAUGAAAUACCACAUCGGCAUGAUACAUAUUAAGAGUAACUUUCCAGUACGAGAUGAUUGCAUUUUGAAAAUAUUGAUCAGAUUUGUGAAGCAACAACAAUGGCUCCGAUAUCAUGACACCAAUGAACCUUUUCAACUGAUGCCUGGAAACCACGUUCUCAAGCAUCUGUUCGUCAGGCUCAUAAACAAAAACUUGGAUUGGAUUUAUGGAGACGCUGAGGAGGAACUGACAACUUAUUCAAAAUUAGGUGAGAAGACCUUGCAAGUUGUGCAGGGAGGCUCAGGGGGCCGGAGCAGCAUCAGUCUUCAACACGCUGUCCAUGUACUGUACCUGACUCUGGAGGCAUUUUUAGAAUCCUACAAUUUGUACGGCGUGCAAAAGCUUUGGUGUAUAUGGAAUUCAUCAAUAUUAGACGGCAAGGAACUUCUCCGGCGUUUAAAAGAAAAAACCAACUACUCUCUAACCGAGGAUUUCAUAAAAAAAUAUGAUGACAAUCUGAGCGCGCUGCAGGAACUACAAAAUGUAUACUAUGGCAGCGUGGGCAAAGAGAAUGUGCCGGAGAUAAUGCGAGUAUUUGCCAAAUUGCUUCCUCUAUACGAACUAGAGGACACUUAA